CAGUGAUACAACAUCCGGGUCGUUCAUGCUUGUUAGCUGUUCGGGUGCUGUACGUUGCCAUGACUCGCUGGGCCCGGCCGGGGCAGAACCAGGCGGCUGCUCGGAACCGGAAGGUGUGUGAGGCCACCCCAUGGGAAGAGCUACACCGGAGCGGACCGGCCAAGAGGGGACCCCCUACUGCAGAGAGGGCGCCCCCCAAGAAGAAAAAGAAGGCGGCCUAUGUGAAUGAAGACGUCAACGGGUUCAGGGCGAUACAGGGGGAGCAAGAGAGGAAGGAGCAGCGCAGUGAGGGAAGGAGGCUGAGGAGGCAGAACAACAAGAAGAACAACAUGGUCUGCUUCCACUGCCGAAAACCUGGUCAUGGCAUGGCCGACUGUUCAGAAGCGCUGAGAUGUCAGGAGAUGGGAACAGGAAUAUGUUUUCGUUGUGGAUCCACGGAACAUGAAAUGAAUAAAUGCAGAGCCAAAGUGGAUCCUGCACUCGGAGAGUUUCCAUAUGCCAAAUGUUUUAUAUGUGGAGAGAUGGGUCACUUGUCAAGAUCAUGUCCAGACAAUCCCAAAGGCCUCUAUGCAGAAGGUGGAGGAUGUAGGAUCUGUGGUUCUGUUGAGCAUUUUCAGAAAGACUGUCCAGAACAUAAAACAUCAGCCCAAAUGACAGUCAGCAGAUGGUCAAGCGGUAUGAGUGCAGAUCAUGAAGAUGUUCCAGUACAGGCAAAAGUGAAAAAAGUACCAACCAAAGUUCCCAAAAUUGUCACGUUUUGACAGUGUGGUCAUCCAGGAAAAUAAAUGAAUUGCAGUACAAAA